CUGGCUAUCCAUCUGGUGUCAUUGCUGUUGGAAUCGUUCAGUGCAGGACACAAUGGUCUGGAUGAUCGUAUCAUCCAGUUCAUAACUACCAAUGCUUUUGUUCAACCCGUCAUCGGAUUGGCCCACUCUCCGCUGUUGCGAGGACAAGCAUUGGGGGCUAUGUUACGUCUCAUGCGCGCAAUUGGUCGACGCGCGAUUCGAAGUGGGCAGGAGCAAGGUGGAAUCAUGACG